AUGGACAAAGUCACCCUGUUGACGGCAUCUCGGCUCGAGCCCACAGUCGCCAUCCGGCCCCACUCGACCAUCGUUGCCCGCCUUGGCAGAGCCUUUGCGAUUCCCCUUCAAUUACAUCAUCGUUUCAAGCACAUUUCCCUAUUCAUCUGCCUGCAAUCCUAUUUCAUUUCCUAUGCUCUCCUCGUCGGCACACGAUAUGCCUGCUUCUAUGCGUUUGUCGCCUCUGCCUUCAUCCUCAAGCACGGAUUCGCCAUGUCCACCAAAGCAAUUGUCGACGUCUGGGACUCCAAGAGCGUCCAGAAAGUCCGCGCUAGAAUCUUUUACGAAUUUGCAGUCUUCAUCCUGGGCUGCGGAAACGCCCUCUUCCUCGUCGUCUUUUGGCCCGGCUGGCUGAUCCUCGGCGGUGCCUGCUUCGCCCUGUGGCAAUUGACUGGCUGA